AUGGAACCAUCUCCAUUUCAAGAUCUUGCAUAUAUUCUUAAAAAUGAAUUACCAUCAUUGAAAGGAAAUCUUGCUGAAAAUAUUUCAAAUCUUGCUAAAGUGGCUGAUUUUUGUGAAGAUAAUUAUUUAAAUUCAUCUAAUCACGACAAAUCACGUGUUUAUGAAGAUACAAAAAAUUAUGCUAUUCAAGCGUUAGCAAGUGUGGCUUAUCAAAUAAAUACAAUAGCAACAUCAUUUUUACAAUUAUUAGAUUUACAAUCGAAUCAAUUUAAUGAAUUAGAAACAAAUUUAAAUGAUUUAAGUGAAGAUACAAAUGUACACAAAGAAAAAGUAGCACGAAGAGAAAUUGGUACAUUAACGACAAAUAAAACUUUAGGUCGACAACCAUUAUUUAUCAAACCAAGCAAUCCAGAAAAACUUGUACGAUACGUUCGUAAACCAUUAGAUUAUUCAAUUCUUGAUGAUAUUGGUCAUGGUGUUCGUUUAUCACCACAAGAUAAUAAAUCUCGUCAUAUGAUUUAUAGUAAUGGUCUUCAACCGCAACAACAACCAUCUACACCUCCAUCAAUGAAAAAUGCAAAUGCUAGUUUAUCUAAAGCAACUGGUGCUAAUUCAUCUUUAAUUUAUGCUCAACGUUCAUCUAUUCAACAGGCACCACCUGUUGUUGUUCCACCAACUGAUUAUGCUAGUCGACAUGAUCUUAUUAUGAAUAAUGGUCAUCAAUAUAAUCCACAUGGAAAUCGUCAACAAACAUCCUAUAAUCAAUUGUUAAUGAUGAUGAAUAAUGAGAAUGUAUAUGCAACACGACACAAUGGAAUUUUAAAUACAAAUAAUAUGAAUCGAUAUACAGGAGCAAUGAUGGAAAAUGGUGGUUCAGUACGAUCAAGAGCAACAAGUCAACCACCAGGAUCAGCACGUGCUCCAUUGCAUAUGGAUAAUUAUGAUCCAAGUACUCAACAACAAAAUGGUAAUGAAUCACAAUAUAUGGCUCAACAAUCAUAUCUUCCACAAUUUAUACCUGCAGCACCAAAUCAUUUUUUUGAAGCAACAACAACAUUACCAAGAAAAAAUACCCGAGGAUUUAGAAGACGUUUCGAAAAUCUUGAUUGGGCACCUGAACAAUAUCUUGAAAUGGCCAUUGCUUGUUAUGAUUAUGAAAGUACUCGCGAUGACGAAUUAACAUUUCGUGAAGAUACAAUCAUUUUUAUUGUUGCAAAAAAUGAUGAUGGCUGGUUUGAAGGAGUUAUUGAACCUGGCAUUCGAGGUCUAUUCCCAGGAAAUUAUGUCGAACCAUUAUGUGAAUGA